CGUAGGACGCGCUGCUCUUUCGCCAUUCGCUUGCGCGUGCUCUCGCCGCCGUCGAUGGUGGUGCGAUCGUUCUCUCUCGUGUUCACGGCGGACGCGCGCUUCGACCACCCGCGUCGUUUCUAACCUCCUCGUCGUCCGCCUGCUCGCCUCCGGGUCCCCGCAGUCAGUUCGGCAGUGUCGGGAGUGUGUUCGGGUAGCAGCCGGUCGCUUGCUCGUCGGACUUCGAGCAGCCGAUGCACCGUCCCGGUAUACUACGUGCAGCGCGAAGCGACGCGUAAUCGGGUUACGCGGUCGAUCCGCGAACGAUGCCUCACGGCGUUCUGUGAAAACGCCACUCGCGCGGUCACGUGCGCAUAAAAUGUAACCCGCCCUUCUUCGGCCGCUUGACAGGCAGCAGAACGGGAUCUCCCGAGUGUCGUACGUUCUAUCAUUGAGUUCAUCGAGCGAUAUAAGUCUCCGGGACAAUGAACGGCCAGGUGCAAUCGUCGAGGGAGAGGUUAGACGGCUUUAGUUCCGACACGACGAUGGACUUAUUCAGGAUGUUUGGCACCGACCGUGUCCCGGCCAUCCCCAUCUCAGACGCGGAGAUACCGUUGGACGACAGCGUUCCCACGGAAGUCGACAGUAAGGUGAAAACGAAAUUGCUCUCUAUGUGGAAUAACGUUAAGUACGGAUGGACCAUGAAGAUGAAGGCGAACUUCUCCAAAGAAUCUCCCGUCUGGUUGUUGGGCCAGUGUUACCUGAAGAAGUCCGAGGAUCCCCUGGAGAGCGCCUCGGAGGCCCUGGAACCGGUGGGGACUGGCAGUCAGGUCUCCUUGGCGAUGGACGCCACCAAUUUCGAGAACACCAUAGAGGAGUUCAAGAGGGACUUUGCGUCGCGUCUUUGGCUCACUUACAGGCGGGAAUUCCCCAUUCUCAACGGCUCCACGUUCACCACAGACUGUGGCUGGGGCUGCAUGCUGCGCAGCGGCCAAAUGAUGCUCGCGCAAGCGUUGGUCUGCCAUUUCCUCGGACGUGAAUGGAGAUGGAGGUCGGAGCAACCAAUCGAAACCGUUCAACAGAUGCGAGAUGACCAUAAUCACCGAAUGAUCAUCAAGUGGUUCGCGGAUCAGUCGAAGCCCGAGUCACCAUUCUCCAUACAUAGGCUCGUGUCUCUCGGCGCAUCGACGGGGAAGCGGGCGGGCGAUUGGUAUGGUCCCAAUUCUGUUGCGCACCUCUUAUGUCAAGCUGUAGAACGUACCAACGAACUUCCCAACAGUAAGCUCAGUCGGCUGGCGGUAUACGUUGCUCAAGAUUGCGCAGUAUAUAUGCAAGACGUCGAGGACGCCUGCCGCACUCCCGACGGUGGAUGGAAGUCCCUGAUACUACUAGUACCUCUAAUGCUCGGCACCGACAAAUUGAACCCCGUCUACGCACCGUGCGUGACGUCGUUGUUGACGUUAGACGCGUGCAUCGGUGUUAUCGGCGGUCGACCCCGGCAUUCGCUCUACUUCAUCGGCUAUCAAGACGAUAAGCUGAUCCACCUGGAUCCGCACUACUGUCAGGAGACCGUCGACGUGUCGAAGGAGAACUUCCCGUUGAUUAGUUUCCACUGCACGUCGCCGAGAAAGAUGUUGCUCUCGAAGAUGGACCCUAGCUGCUGCGUAGGCUUCUAUUUUCCGAACAGAGAGUCGCUCGCAGAGUUCAUGGAGACGAUUCAGCGAUUUGUGAUACCGUCGAAUCAGAAGGCGGAUUAUCCGAUGUUCUUGUUCUGCGAAGGAAGCAGGAAAGAUCUGCAGCAGGGUAUCGAAGUCGACGAGUGUCUUCUGGCAUCGACGAGUUCCUUCGACGAUCACGAGACACUGGAGGACGAUUUGUGCGAGUGCGAAAAGUUUGAGCUGCUGCAAUAAGACGAAGAGAAGCAAGAGAACAAACGUAAACACACAGCGAUCAUGUGCUCGCUCGAACAUCGACGUGGAAUGUUAGUCUCUAAUAUCUCUAUUACAUCUCUACUCAUUCGUCCACUAUCCGCGACAAGUAUUUCUUCUUUUCGUAUAUUCGCUCCUCUAGCGCAUGUAGGAAAUCGUAAAGCGAAGCGCGCGAAAAGAGUUCACUACACCACUUAGAGCGGUAAAGUCGCUUCAAUUUUUGGAAACGACAGCGUCGCAUUUCGCGCGACCGGAGAAUAAAGUUCAAGUUUACGCAGUGACUAGGUUUAUCUCAUGUUUACUUAUGAGAGUUGAGAAAAAGAAAAACCCAUAUACGCAGGGCAAGCUCGAGAGCAAGAUUGAUUUCCGAUGACAAGUUAACCGUCAAGCUGACUGUUCGUUUCUUGAUGAUGUAAUAUGUAUACAUAUAUAUGUAUGUAUAUGUAUAUAUGAGGCUAUAUGAGAAUGCACAAUUUUUCUCACCCUGGAUUACGCGUUGAUCUCAAAAUUGGUAGGUUGCUUGUAAUCGAUCGUUAGUAAUAGUAGUAGCUAAACUUGACAAGACUUCAUCGUAACCGCGUGUCGAGCGUGAACGGAUAUUUAUUUUUCGCGCUGGUCCGAAUGCGAGACCGUUUCUUUUGCGCAGCACGCGUCAGGAUUUCGUAGAAUCAACUCUAACACUUCGUGUGAUACUUAAACAUUGUAAUGCGUUUGCAAAUUCUCUCUAAUGUAUGCAACAACGAUCGAGCGGGGCCGCCACUCGGUUAUUAAGUCUGAUUUAUUUAGAGGAAAGUGUAUAACCAAGCUAAUUUAUUUAUUUAUUUAUUGUAACAUAUUGUGAUCGAAUGCUAAAGUGAUUUCAGCCUUUGAAGGCGUAUUAGCGAGAGAUUCGGGGAAUGCGAGUGUGUGGUAUAUACAAGUUGAGGCAUCUAAUACAGGACACACCUAAAUAUUCGAAGGAACUUCGGUGAUAUCUUGGAGUUUGGAAGAAAACAAUAAUUUUAAGCGAAUUUUUGUCCCGAUUACCACAGCCGUCCCUGCGAACUAUAUAACUUUAUACUUAACCUAUUUUCGUAUCGUCAGAGGCAGCAGCAAUAUUUAGGUAUAUCCUUUUUGGAUGUGUCUCUUCCUGUAUAUGUAUAUACAGGGUGUCCGAUAUUAAUCCAUCAUUCUAAAAAAAAAAACUUUGUUUUCUACUUUUGAUUGUAGAAUAAAACGUUUCAGAUGAAAGCUGUUUGGUUUGAAGAGGGGACACAUGAUUCCGAUGUGAAUCGUGUCGUAAGAUAUCGUCGCUUUUAAGAUAAUUGUAAAGGCGACUAAUUUCUUAAAUAGAACUUGAUUUUUUCCUUGAGGUAAAAUAUGUAAAUCUCGUCGAGACGUUUUUAAAACACUUCCCAAAAUUGUUUUCUUACAUAAGCCAAAGAUAUGAAACUUCAAAGUUUUUCAAAGUCACUGGCUCCACGUGUAAGGUUUGUGCAAAAGUCUUUAAUGGUUCUGAAUUCGCUAUUUAAAAAUUCCCAUCUACUAUCCUAUUUUUAACGCUACAACGAUAUGGACGUAAUAGGUUUCUGUUUUCUCUGGAAUCAUGUGCCUCCUCUUCAAACCAAGCAACUUUUGUUUGAAGUAUUUUUUCCCACAAUCAAAAAUUAACCAGAUUUUGGAGUGAUAAAUUAAAAUAGGACACUCUGUGUGUAUAUAUAUAUAUAUAUAUAUAUAUAUAUAUAUAUAUAUUUAUAUAUUUAUUUAUAUACGUAUAUAUAUGCGUAUAUUGUACUCAUACUGUUGAAAAUGUACACAAUAUCAAAUAUUGUUGUUAUAUCUCUCUUACAUCGGUAACGCAAUACGCACGGAAUAAUAAAAUGGGAGAUGUAUGGCGAUCACGUUCGUGAGUACACUUUUCGUGGAUCGACGCGAACGAUAAUCAUCACUUUGUACUAUAUAUAUAUAUAUAUAUACUUCAAACUUUA